AUGACGGCGACCGGCGCCCAAAUGGGCUCGACAUGCAGCUUCUCAACUCGAAUUUCGCUUCGCUGGGUCCCCGAGCCCCCCGAGGAGACCACCGACACCAUCGUUCUCUCUGUAGGAGAAUGGUUUCUCGAUCUACGAAUGGACAAAAAAUCCGGCGCCAUUGACUGGGCGAUGGCGGGGACUCGAAUCGUCGAUAACCCCAAUGAAACACCAGUUCGAGUGCGCUUCACUCGCGAAUUGGACUCUUUCAAUGAGAUUGGCAUGGUCGAUCCAGCCACCUUCAGCCCCUUGCCGAACGGCGACGAUCUCGAGACAGGUGAGAUGCCCCGCACGGAUCGACCCGGGGCGCCCAUGACGGCCUUUGAAGAAGUUUGGCGGGAAUUGCCAUUCCGACAGGGUCCCGAGGGAGACCAAAGGGGCCUGUCUUGGGUCCUAGAAUCGGAUGAUGGGGAUCUUUUUCCCUCGGAGAGCCAGGAGGGACCGGUGGUUGUGACCAAGGUCUUUGUCGGUCGAAUCUGGGGCACUUACCUGGGCUUCCAGCAAGCUCAAACUCAUUCUCGGGUCAAAGAGUCGGACGGCCAGUGGUCGGUGACGAGAACCGGAGGGGAAGUCAGUGCUCGACGAGAGGAGUGGAGCGGAUCUACAUGGGAGAAGAAGUACGUGGUUGGACCCGAGGGAGAUAAUCUGCCCUCGAUGCAGAUUGGAUUCGAGGGAGAGGGUGAGGGCUCAUGGAGAGUUUCGGGUGAGAGAGUGACUCUUCACGGAAGAUCAUUCAUUGUACGCGCAUUUGAGGAUCUUUAA